GCCUGCGCGGCGCCCGGGGUGCCGGCGGCGCCGGCCGCGCCAUUGUUGGGGGAGGGGGCCCGCGGCGGCGGCGGAGCCGGGCUCGGACCCCCAUGGGGAACGCGCUGACCUGUUGCGGGAAGCCCGAAGCCAGCCCCCACGUGGGCCGGCGCUCGGGGCCGGCCGAGCCCGGCUACGAGUCUGAGGUGUACGCGGCGGCGGCGGGGGACGCGGUGGCGGUGGCGCCCUCGCCGGCCGCCCUGGAGCCCGCCGAGCGGGACGUGGGCACGGGCGAGGGCCACCACCUGCAGCACAUCAGCGACCGGGAGAUGCCGGACGAGUUAGCUUUGGAAUCAAACCCUUCUGACCAUCCAAGGGCAAGCACAAUUUUCUUGAAUAAAUCUCAAACGGAUGUGCGAGAAAAGAAGAAGAACAACUAUGUAAACCAUGUAUCUCCAGGGCACCUUACUAAAAAAUAUAGCUCAUGCUCAACUAUAUUUCUAGAUGACAGCACAGUCAGCCAGCCUAAUCUUAGAACCACAGUACAAUGUGUGACGUUAGCAAUAUAUUACCACAUAAAGAACAGAGAUGCAAAUAGAUCCUUGGAUAUUUUCGAUGAGAGAUCACAUCCACUCACAAGAGAAACAGUUCCAGAAGAAUAUUUUAGGCAUGAUCCUGAACACAAAUUUAUUUACAGAUUUGUUCGGACUCUUUUCAGUGCUGCACAGCUAACAGCUGAAUGUGCUAUAGUGACUUUGGUUUACUUAGAAAGACUUUUAACUUAUGCUGAGAUUGACAUUUGUCCCACGAACUGGAAGAGAAUUGUUUUGGGAGCCGUUCUUCUUGCCUCCAAGGUUUGGGAUGACCAGGCUGUAUGGAAUGUAGACUACUGCCAGAUCCUCAAGGACAUUACCGUUGAGGACAUGAAUGAGAUGGAAAGGCAUUUUUUAGAGCUACUUCAGUUUAAUAUUAAUGUUCCUGCCAGUGUUUAUGCCAAAUACUACUUUGACCUCCGCUCCUUAGCUGAUGACAACGACCUGCCUUUUGUAUUUGCCCCUCUUAGCAGAGAAAGAGCCCAAAACCUAGAGGCCAUUUCCAGAUUGUGUGAAGACAAAGACCUGUGCAGAGCUGCUCUGAGAAGGUCUCUUAGUGCUGAUAAUUUUAUUGGUGUUCAGCGUUCUAAAGCCAUCCUCUCUUAAGGGAGAAGAGAGGGGUGGUAAUAUCGUAAGCCGCCCCUCAUCUACAAGGACUGGAGAAAUAUCACCUCUCCUGCUCAAAAACCAGCAAAGUUAGUAUUUUCACCUCAGACAGAGGUCAACUUGAAGAGACUCGUGGGCAGCAAGGACUAUGCUCAUAAAGAAUGGGACCUUGUCAAUGUGACACACUGUCCUUCAGUUACAGAAAUCACUGAAAAGCAAAGCUCCCAUCCCACACAGGUAUCUGCUUACAAUGUAGGCUGACAGCUGUGAACUAGGUGAAGUUUUUUUUUUCUUUUUUUCUUUCAAGUUUAAAUGUUGAGGCUUGAAAAGCACUAACUAUAUAACUUAUGUCUUUUCUAUAUUUCUGAAUCACCCCUCCAAAAAAAGGAAUAAACUUACCCAAUAUUGCUACAUAUUCCUUCACAAUCAAUGCAGUAUUGCCAUUAAAACAUGGGACGCCUAACAACUCACAAAGCCACCUAGGAACAGACUGUAGCAUUGUUAGGUAUUAAAGGAUUCUUCAUAUUACAUGGUGGAAGUUGCUAGUCAUUAUUGGCAAACAGUUUUAAAAAAAAACCUGCUGAAUAACACUUCUCAUUCAAAUUCUUUGCAAGUACUACUUAGUACGGUAGCAUGUUUGGGAAACUGUCAGUAUUGAUUAUCUACUUAGACUGGGUCCACCCUGCGUAUCUUAAGAACUAUAAUGGGAUUUUAAAACAACAAGUAUAAUGAUGCUUCUCAUUUUCUGAUGAUUUUCUUUGUUAAAUAGAUGUAUCAAAAGAUAUUCUCAUAAUAUCCAGUGAUAAUAAGCAGAUAAUAAAACAGGCAAUUCUAAGCUUGGAUAACAGUGUGGUUGGGCCCUCAGGGGCACUCCUACAGAAGUGUAAAUGCUACAGACUUUAAUUUGAAAGUUUAAUUAAAUUUCUCAUUUAGUUUUUUGUUUUUCAACAAUAAGUUUAUUUUCAUUUUUAUAUAAAAAAAUAUAGGAAGCAGGAAGACAAGAGCUGUUAUGGCUAUUCCAUAAAAUCAGCAGAGGUGUAUAUUCUGUAUUUCUGCUCUACGCUCCUUAAUAACUAUUCUCAAAAUCCCAUAAAACUACCUGAGCUGCAGAUUAAAUGUCCACAUUGUAGACAAAGGGAAAAAAUAGAGGAAAAAAGAUUUUUACAAUAUCCUGUUUAUUUAGUUUAGUGAAUUGUGAAAUGACAAAGAUUGGCUGAAACCAAAAAGUUUAUUUAAAUUUUAAUUUUUUGGUUCAGCCUAUCUUUGCCAUCUUUAAGAGGGGAUUGAAACAAAAAAUUGAAACAAAAGCUUACUAUUUAAAAUAUACAAAACUAAGUUUAAGAGACCUUUAAACUUUCAAAUGUGUUGUAAGGCUGUAGCAUUUAUACUACUACAAGUGCCACUGCUUAAAACUGCACUAACACUGUAGGGAGAGACCUUGUGUCUUCAUAGGAAUGCCCUCUUUAAAAAGAAUUCUUUGCAGAUCUGUGCUGUAUACAUGCUUUGAUCACCAACAUUGUUUUGUUUCCUAAAUUUUGGUAAAGGAAGAUUAUGAGGAGCAGUGUUAUUCAGAUGUAAUGAAUUGAAAGAAAUUGGACCCUAAUAGUAGUGUUAUGAAAACAGGUGAAUGAACCAGCUUUUCUAUCCUACACGUUGACUUGGUUGUAGGUGUCCCAUAUAAGUCUUGCUAUUUAAGAGGAAGCAUACAAACCUUAGGAACUCUUACCUCAGGCUUUAAAGGGCAGGGAGUUAAAUCAAUCUUUUAGGAGAUUGGUAAAAUGUCGCCUAAACUUGAAGUACUUUUAAAGAUUAAUGUUCUCAACUAUUUGAAAUACUUCUACCUUCUCAAAUGUAUUCCUAGAUAUUUUGCCUGUAACCAAAGCAUUUCUAGGCCAAGGAAUACUUUUAGUAUAGCAAGGCUUCACACUAUAUUGAGGGCUGCAGGUUCCAUCACUAAAAGGAUAGAAACGAGAAAUAAUGGCGUAUAAAACGUUACAAUCUACCACCUCAGAAACAUUGUUCAUGGAGUUCUGAGCUUGGAGAUUCAAGUAUUGAUUGCAGUUUUAUUUUGAAAAGAAUGCUACAACUUAUGUGGUUUUUUUCUCAUGUUUAUAUUAAAAGAAAAGCUAAUAAACCCUAUUUUAAUUAAAACAUGGCUAGUAUGUUUGUAAUACUCCCCAUUCACAUAGCAUCAUGUCUCUGUCGAACGUACAUGUUUUCCAUCAGCUUUGAUAGUGAGUCCUUAAGCAUUUUUAACUGACCAUUGAUGGUUUGACCCUGCUGCUAAGAUAGUUAUUUAUUUGUCUUUUGCUUUUUCAACCUAAAGAUAACUUAUUACACUUAAAUCACUGGCAUGGUGCAUUAGAUGGCAUCUGUGAAUAAUUCAUUUUUGUGCCAAUACUUGGAAGGUAAAACAUACCAGAGAGAAAGGAAUUACCUGAUGGUUUCCUAUCAGCAAUUUCACAUGGUUUGUCCUAAAACAACUUAAGGCCCAAUGUUUCUGUUUAAAGAGAAAUUUCUAUGCUGGACCAGAUUCCAGAUUAUUUACUCUUAUUAUAUCCCGUUUGCCCAGACUUUACUGAAGUCCAGCAGCACUGAAUCCUGGUUUUAUGACAGUUCAUUUUUGGUUGAGUUUUCCUAUGUCUAUAAAUACACUAUUCCUUGAUUAAAAAAAAAAAAAAUGCUGAAGCCAGUAUUUACCAGAAAAGAAAUCACUCUGUAUUUGGGUUAUGCAGUGAUUUUGGAAAUGUUUAGCUGUGACAUGUAGGUUAGCUAAAAUCUUUGAUCACCCAAGCCUUCUCCCUGACCACAUCUAAAAUGACUAGCCUGUUCCCUCUCCCAGAAGCUGCAUUCUCGAGUACAGAGCUACUUGGAAAAGCACUUGAGAGUGGGCAGAGAAAUCUCCAGGUAAGUGUUCAUUUUAAUGCAGAAUCUGCAGAUUAUACUAGCGUCUAUCAACAAGCUAAGGAUUAGGUUACCUAAAGUCUUCACUUAGCCCACUCACCGCCCUGACCAGCCUGACGCUGUGCCAGUAAGCAGCACAAAGCAUUGUGGAGCCCUUCAGCAAAGCUGCUCCCCAGGGCAGAGGGCAGUGGGUUUGGUGUCUGAGGCUAUUCCACUCAGCUGUUUUAAACGGGGCUGUCAGAAGAGACAACAUGUCAUGUGAAAUAAAUUCUAAGAAAACCAGUUUGUGGUUUAGGAUCUCUAGGGUGCAGAAAGAACUAGGAAAGUGAAAUCGUUUAGAAAUUAAGAGGAAUCCAGAGUCAAAUAAAAAAAAGGUUAAUACUUUUAAAAGGAACAAGUUUGGUGAUUAUUAUAACUGUUGUGAAGGGAGCUAAGUGAUUUGAAUGGUUAGAGAAAUUCUGUGAUAGCAUCAGAAGUUACCAAUAGUAUUUAAAGACCAAAUUAUUCUGCUAGCAUUUUCUUGAUACAUUACUUUCUCUUACUCUCUUCCCUUCUACUAACCUUUACUUUUAGGCCCCAAACGGUGGCCCCUUUGCCGCCUCACAGGAAUGGACUCUCCCAAAGGCAGAGCUUACAUGUCCUGUCCCCUCCCACUGCAGGUCAGGGCUCACCCUUAACCAGGCCAUCUCAGCCUUUGCCCUCUGACCUCCUGCUAAUGUCCGCUGGGCAGCACCUAUGACCCUCUUCCAAAGCAGUAUCACCAGGUUCCAGCAAAUACAAGUCUCAUAUGGCUCGCAGGUUAUCUCGACCCUUUAAUCCCCUACUUGAGUCCUCCUGUGUCCCCCAAAGCAGCUGUCCCCAAUUUACUGCACUUGCUGACUCCCCUGAGCUGCCCACAGCCCUAGAUGUAUCUCCUCAGUCUAGGCAGCAUCCCACAGUCCAAACUCCAAAACGCAUUUCCUGUGGCAUUAGGAAUACAAGUUUUGCUUCUUACAGUGACCCCCUCGUCUAACCAAGGGGAUUCCACCUCAAUUCUAAAAUCAACCACAUAUCCACAUCCUGCACCAACUUAUCCCCUUUUGCCUCAAAACUGCAUUCAGCCUGGCUGCCGUGGUUCAGUGGUUGAGCAUUGACCUAUGAACCAGGAAGUCACAGUUGGAUUCCUGGUCAGGGCACAUGCCUUGUUGCGGGCUCGAUCCCCAGUAGGGGGCAUGCAGGAGGCAGCCUAUCAAUGAUUCUCAUUGAUGUUUCGCUCUCAUUGAUGUUUCUCUCCCUCUGAAAUAGACAAACACUGCAUUCAACUCCCAUGUUGGGAUGGGCCAAUUUGACUUUGCUUAGUCCUUUACAUCUAGCGUUUCUCAGGACGUCCCCAGACCGCCUCUCAUCAACUCCAAGUGCCUCUGAAAGUUUCUCUAAAUGGAAUGUAGAAUCCUGAAUCUGAUGGAAAUUCUGAUGAAAUCCUAUUUAAGUCUGGAAAGUAAUGAACCAAUGUUGACUUGUUAGUUUUGACAAAUGUACUAUACUAUGUUAACAUUAGGGGGAAAUGGGUAAGGAAGGAAUAUAUAGGAAUGCUGAAUCAUCUUUGCAACUAAAAAAAAAGCAAGCAGCAGUUUCUUGGGCCCCAGACCUACCAAAUCUCAAUUCCUAGAGUUGAAGCCUAAGGAAUCGUAAAUUUUCAAUAGCCCCAAAUGAUUCUUACACAAACUCAAAUUUGGAAAUCUAGUGUUUCAAUUGCCUUUGCAUUCCUUGCCUGAACAGUGUCUUCUACCUUGCUUUACCUUGAUCUUGCCUUACCUGAUUUAAUCCUUUAGGUCCUCUAAAUCCUAAGAUUUGAGUAUUAUUAUCCUUUCACAGAUGAGAAAACUGAAGUACUAACAGGUUAAAAUGUCCAGGAUCACACAGCCCUUAAAUGGUGGGACAGGGAUUAGAUUCCCUAGUCAGUUUAGCUCCUAAGUCUUUGAACAGUCAUGUUACCACCCAUAACAAACAAAAAAAUCCUAUAAUUAAAUCACAUUAUGACUAGUAAUGAUCUGGGCCCACCUAUUUCUCCAGCAUCUAAAUCCCAACAAUCCCUUUGCUCCAGCUUGUGACUUUGCCCUUUCCAUCAGAGGACGAGGGGAAUGAGCAGUGAGAAAGCAUUGGGAAGAGGUGCCGACUGGAGAGUCUUGUGUAAGCAAGGUACAAAUACUCGCAUUAGAAUCCAGCUCAACUACCGUAUCCUCUCCUCUCCCAGUCUGAUCAUGUUCCAAGCACUCAUUUUUGACAUUGAAUUAUAUAUACUCUUAUAUUGGACUUAUCGCCCCUAAACAUUAUAAGCUCCUAAUUACCUAUCUUCUCCCAUUCUUAUGCCUCAAUGUGCUGGGAAAAACAUACCAGGCAUUUGAAUGAGGUAGAUUUGCAGCUAAUCUGUGCCUUGUCAAAAUAGCAAGGAAGAAAAUCUGACCACAGUAUCUCAGGUUUACGGAGCAUCUGCCCGGAUUAUCAGGAAAGUGCCAACUCUAACUCAACUCUUACCUGGGUUUCCUGACUUGUAUUUAUGGCUUAAUAUCAAGAUGUGGUUCUACCUGGUGAAUGAUGGACCAGACCCAUAGAACAACAGCACAAACAUCUACUCAGAUGUUUGGCAUAGAGCAGCAAUUUUCAACUGGUGAGCCAUAAGAAUUGUUAAAGCAUUUAAUACCUGACUAGUAAGGGGCACUGACCUAUUAGACUGUCAAAUAAAAAAAUGACAACAGCCAACUCAAUAGCUGUCUGGUGUCAAUACACUCUCUUGAACCAUAAAUAUAUAGGUCAUAUGUUGCAUCUUACUGGUAAAAUUGAAUAAGGUUGCAUCUGAUUUGUUAAUUCUUGGUACCAGAAAUCCUUAUAUACAAGUAUAGGCAUCUGAUUUUUUAAAAGUCAACUUUGGAGCAAAAAGGGUAGAUUAUUAUGUUUGAUAAUCAAAGUUAUAACUAUUUUUGUUAGAUUGGCAAAAUAUAUAUUUUUAGUGUGCCAAAAAUUUUAGUAAUUUAUGUGUGCCAUGAGAUUUAAAAAAAAUCACUGGUAUUACAGUAUAGAUGGAGGAUUGAUAAAACAGAACACAUUCUCAAGCAAUGUCUGUUCUUCUGUGUAUUUCCCUUCAUUUCUUCAAGUGAGUUAUGAAAUAAUUAACAGGAUCAGCAGGAAAAACCCAUGAAAUAUAUUCAAGUAAAACAAGUUUCUAUUCUGUUUCUGGUGAUUGGAAUUUGCUUGAUUUACUUAUUAAUAAAAACUUUACCACUUAUAUUGUAAGUACAUUUGAGAAAUCUGAUUAUGAAGUUAGAAUCUAUGUAUCUCCUCAGAUAUUCUUAGAAAGCAGUGUGUCUCUAUAGAAGCAUGAGGAGAAAAAGACUUGUACAGCAUCUCAUUUUCUUUACCAUUGCUUUAAUGCACUUUAAAAUUUAUCUACAUUAGUUGGGAACAAAGAAACAAAAAUAGACAUUUCUUUGUUUUUCAUAAAUAACUACUCUCCAUAUUUGAUAAAAAUCUCAAAGCAUUAUUUUACCUUCCCACAAAUAUAAUAUACACAAAAUUUUUCUGAAAUAAUAAGGUCAGCAAAUUAUCAUGAGACUAACAUAACCACAUACACAGCUGUUCUAUUGACUUCCAGGAUCAAAACAAAAGAAAAAGAACUCAAAAUGCUCUGGGUUUCCGUUUGUUAAUGCUAUGAUCUCAAAAUUAUAAUCAUCUGCCAAUAAUAACUUAUCGAUUCAAGUUGAUUGUCUACAAAUAAAAUAUCACUGGCUCUGAUUCAUGAGUUCUGGAGAUGUCUUUGUGAAGCUACUGCAUGGGAUAGGCACUAUACAUAUAUGGAAAUCAUAAAAAGUAUCAAAUGCCGUUAAAUGCCCUGGACUCGAACUACUGACUCGGUAUGUGCCUCAUUUGGCUCAGUAAUAAAUUCACCUGCACCAAACCCGUAUCAAAAGUCACUAAAUCUCUCAUAUAUAUAUGUAUAUAUUACACACAUAUAUACACAUAUAUAUGUAUGUAUUAUAUAUUAUGUAUAUACACACCCAUAUCAUAUACAUACAGUUUAUAACAACAUGAAGAACAAUAUUGUCAUAAAAUGUACCCCAGGCAUUACCCUGGCUGAAAUCAAUCCUGUAACUGUCAUCAAGCUGCUAGAAGGUUUUUGAGUUCUGUGUCAGGUUACUUAGCGACUUGCCUACCCCUCACCCUGCUUUAAUGUCUUCGUAGCUUUUUCUUUCAGAACCACCCUCCCCAACUCAGGCAUUUCUUUGCCAAGAUCACUUGAUUAGACUUUGGAGGCAAGAAAGGACAUGCCGAGGGAGUGGGGAAUCUCAGCUCCUCUGCCUCACACCUGCCUAGAUUUGUGAUGUGCUCUGUCCUGUUUGCCACAUUCGGUGUUAGAAAGCAGUUAUUCAAAGCUUUGUCCCUUCUACCCCCCUCGGUUUUUCUGUAGAGCACAAAAGUGAAAGGAGCCUCUUUAGCAGGGGUAGCAGUUCAUUAAAAUAUACAACUACAUUUCCUAGCUCUGGGGGUCCCAUUCUGUACUUGACAGUGCAGGUCACGGCUGCUGCUAUUAAGGUUCUGUGUGGGAUCCAGGAGGCUUGCUCCUGGAGGCCGGUGUCAGGAUCAGUGCAGCCCUGGCCCAGGAGGAAACGGCCUAAUGAAUACCGGUUUGGAAACAGAGCUGUCGGCACGUUAUUUCAGCUUGUACAUGCGCACAACUACACACAACACACCUGCACAGGCCCGUCACUGGAAGUGGUCAGGUGAAAAUAUGACAAAAGGUUUGCCAGGAUAAACCAAUAAGGCACCAAGAAAAAUUGUUUCAGCCAAUUUAGACAACUUCAAAACGUGAGGGGGGAAAUAAUAGAAAUGAAGGUCAUGACAACUGAUUCACUGAGAGGACACGUUAGUUCCUUUAGACAACCUAAAUCCUCACCCCCUAUCCUGGAAGAAAGACACUGCUUAAAACGGAGCUGUUAAAGGAACAGCCCUAAGGCUGCACAGGAGAGGCCCAAAGAAGUCCCCAGUCCUCCCAUUUCACAAAGCUGGCUGGGAAGAAAUUGCUAAACCACCCCACGACCUUCCGUUUUAUCAUUGUUCUCGGGAGUACUGUUUGCAUAAUAAAAAUGCAAAUGGGGGCGGGGAUAAUGUGCGGGAUGGAAAUAGGGGCUGUUCUCCCCCGGGUAGGGGUUGGGGUGGUGGGUACCAGUGAGAUUUCAGGGAGCAGGCGGGCUUUCUCCUGGAAGGAAAGGAGAGUGAGGCAGAAAACAGGCUGGAAACAAAAGGCAGCUCUGAAAGCAGACCCCAAAGAGCAUUACCUGGAUUGCCUUUCCUGGGCCUCGUAUGCUUUGUGGUAACUGUCUUAUUUUUUAAAGUAAAUGGGUGGUUCUUUUUAAGUUUGCCAGAAUGGAAAAAAAAUUUUUUUUAAUGAAUUAAAUUACUUUCAUCCACUCAUCCCACAACUUUUAGGUACACUGUGCACCAUUUCUCCACAAAGAAAAAGGGGGCAGGGAGGACAACCCAGAUUAGGCACGGUGACUGAGGACAACAGAACCACCUGCCCUUUCUGGGAAGAUAUACUGAGUGUGGGAAGAGGUGAAGGUGCUCAGAAAAGGCCCUCGUUUGGGAACCAGGAGAAGAAUGGGCUCUCGGGGUAACUGUCUCAGGUUCCGAGUCACCUGAGUAAGUGGAGGAACAAGAUGUGCAGAGCGUUCGCUGAGCUGUGUGCACUAAGUUUUGUCAAACCCACUGAAAACCGACUCCGUUCUGAGUAGGUAGGAGCAGUGCAUUUUUAUAACCGAACAGCUUCUGAGAGUCCUUAAAGCCGUAACACCAGGCUUCCCACACCCCAGCUCAGUGUUUAAACUCACCAUGGGAACUAGUCGUUUGUUUACUCAAUGCCCAUGAAGUAGAAACUGAACUUGGGCUUCGAUCUGACUUUUCCAACUUUGGUAUAAAUGAAGCAUAAAUCCCCUCGACGUGUUUCCCCGGGGAGACGCGCUCACGUUUUAAUUGCUUUUGCCAUGUUGGCUUCCUAAAUUUAGUCCCCACUCAGCCUUGGUCAUUGGUGUUUUGCUGGCCAGUGUACCAUCACCCUCUUCCCCAGUCCCAGCCUCACUCUCUUCGUGAAUGAAUGGGUCAGCAGAUUAGGAAAGCAAACAGGAUCCUCUCACAGCAAAGUGUGUGUGCAUGUGCGUGUUCGUCAACUCGUCGGCUUUCUCAGAAAAAGAAAAAUGUACUUGAGGGAGGGGGCAGGGGAAGCAGCCUUCCUCCCGCUGCAGCGGCACACCGGUUCCUCUUUAAAAACGAAUGCAAGUGUGUUGUGGGCCUCCACUGUUUUCAGAGACUGCAGAGAGCAAUGUCUCACCGCUUUCGGAAUAUCUGGCUACACACUAACCCCAAACCCGGGGACGCUCGUUCUCUCUCUUUGCUGCCAGUGUUUGCUCACAGGUAGCCAGCUUCCCUCCCGGCUCCAGCACCUCGGUGGAGGGCGGGUGUGGUUUCUAAUCCCAGCUCUCCAGGAGGCGGCCGGAGAAAGGCGAAAGGGCCGUUUAACAUGAUAAAGGAGGUGGAGUGGGGGUGGAGCAAGUAAAGUUGGAAAUUUACGUCUUACUGGAGGUACAUCCAUUCUAGUGCUUCAGCCUACCAGCAGCCCCCUUUAGCCGCUAUCCCUAAGUAGUUCCAGAAGGAGCGAGUUUACUUUGACCAAAUUAUAGCACACGUUUUGUUAAAAAAAAAAAGAUGGGCUCGCUGAAGCCUGUGAAGAACCACCCACUCCCCUGGCGUGGAGCUGCCACCUUUUCAGUCUAGAAUUCAAGCUCAACCAAUUUCCACCCCGUGGGCCUGCACUACUCCAAAUAUUUACGCUGGGCGCUGUGAGGCCACCUCUAGCUUAUUCCAAAAGCUGGCGCUGCUAAGGAUCAGAACGGUUACAAGUAUUACGAGGAGGGGGG